AGCGUAGAAAUGCUUAUAUGCACGCAUCUUGUUACAUGUCGAUCUCCACGUGGUUUUGUUUACGCCGGAAGUGCACUUCUCUUCAGGUCGGAUGUUUUAGACCUUCUUUUCCCUACCCACGUGAGUAUUCUGGUAUUAGUUUAUGCGCGCACUGAUAUGUACAUGUAACUUCACUUCCACCGGUAGAACCCGAGAGCUUGCUGGCACUGCAGCACGAUGUCCGAGCCAUGCCCACCGUACACGGCCGAGCAGUUGCUUAGCGAUGCUGUCACGAAGAAAGAUUUGGCAAGCUUUCUUCAGAACUCGGCAGCAGAAAAGUUUUUGGCAGCCAGAAAGCUCUUGGGAAACUUAAAGAAUGUCUGCAAGGUUCACACCAAGGAGCAAUUUAUUGAACAUUACAACACCAUGUUUCAAAGAAAGGCCUUCAAAAAUACAAAAUAUGAAGAGCCUGUAAAACAAGCAUCUGUUCAAAGGCCCUCAUCAUCAGCAUCCACCAAAGAAAACAAUUACAGUAUUAAUAGUGCAACAACAGUAAACAAAACAAGGAAGACUGGAACUGAUGCUAAUGCCAAUGAAAUCAAUGGUGGAUAUCUUGUCUUGCAGAAAAUAAAUAACUAUGAACUACGAGAUGGAGAGAUGUACAGAAAAACUGUCCUAGAGAAAGGCAAUGGACACGAUUUCCCAAUGGUAGGGGAUGUGGUGGUAUGCCACUAUGUCAGCAAGCUUCAAGAUGGAACAAUUUUUGACUCAAGACUCAGAAAAACCAAAAAAGGAAAGAAGUGCCACCCAUUUAAGUUUAAGAUUGGAGAGAAUAAAGUGAUUAGGGCUUGGGAGGAGGCAGUAUUAGAUAUGAGCAUUGGUGAGAAGGCAGAACUCCUGAUAAACCCUGACUGGGGAUAUGGAAAGAAGGGAGCAUUUGAAGGAAAGGUUCCACCGGAUGCAGUGUUGGUGUGUGAGCUGGAAUUGUCAGGAAUUGACAGAUAGAGUGAUUGUGUAUAUUCCAUCUAAUUCUGGGGAUAAAUGCUUACAUAUCAGAUAUAAAUUAUCCAAAUUUUGAAUACAGCUUAUGUUGCUAGCCAUGACGAUAUUUUACAAUCCCCAUGGACAGCAAGAAUUUUUUCUCUUAUGCAAUUCAUGUGAUAGUAACCAAACCAAUGAACCAAUUGUAUUUCAGCGUAUAUGCUUUUUUAGAAUUUUUUUUGAUAUACCAUAGAAAAUGUGUUUGUUUGUCUUUUUUUCAGGGUUGAGUUUUGAAAAACUGUGAUAUAAAAAAAGCAAUUUCCAUUGUUCAAGUAUUAAACCCAAACGACAUAUUAAUAUAUUCAAAAUGGAAUUCCAUAUAUAUAUCCUGUACGUAUAACAUUGUUAAGUUGUUGUUACAAGUUAUGAGCCAGUUAAUUGCAAUAAAGAAGUCUUUGCUUUA